AUGGGGAGGAAGAACAGGGGGGAGUCCAAGAGGCCACCUUCGACGACCCUUGCUGCCGCCUGCCAUGAUGGUCAAGAACAGUGGGGGAAAAUCUCUUUUAGCCUCAAUCCUUGCGUUUUAUCGCUUAUAACCUUUGCGUUUUACCCUCGUUUUGACCCCUGGAGAUGUCUCCUAUCAUCCAGGUCCAGGGCUGAGUGCGUCCAGGGGAAGAAGCUUACUGAGAUGUUGCAGAUGAUCGGCAGGUCAGGGAGCCCUCUCGUAGAUUCUUCUUCUUUUCUUCUCAUUCUGGUUAUCAUUUCUUCAUUCCUUCCGUGGAGAGGAUUCUGAUGUUCCCUCUCUCUCUCUCUCUCUCUCUCUCUCUCUACACCCUCGUUCUUUCUCCCUGGUACGUCUAGAGAGGUUGAGCUGGAGAGACUGUCGAAGGGUGGAAUCCCGGAUAAAAUCUGGACCAAGGUAAUGGUAAAACGAUGAACAAGGCACUUCUGGUUUUCAUAUUUCUUUUCCUCUAUCCAAAACAUUGCUAGAAUAGGAUGGAAUUUCUCUUGAAUUUAUCUACCCUUGAUCGUCACCUGCGAUCUUACUCCAAACGGGAAAAGAUUCAGUGUUCGUUAUCCGCACCACCUCCUAAUCGCAGUGCUGGCCGAUGACGAAUUGCUGAAUUGGGCACGAUUACAUCAAAGAAGAAGGGAGGGGAAAAAAAAAAAACCGUCUGAAACUUUUUUAGCUCGGACUAAUCCCUUGAUUCAGAUUCUUCCCAUCAGAAACUCCUCCAUUGACAUCUAAUCAUCUGGGUACAGCAACAGUUUGCCAUCGGCAUCAAUGACGUCACCCGGGUGCUCGAGAGAAUGUCCAGGAAGGAGAAAGGUCUUCAAGCUGAAAAGGACUCCGCCGCAAUUCAUCAUCGCCCAAGUCCUCUCGUCUCUCUUCAGGUUGGCUGCUGAUUCCCACUAUUCGUCCCGCCAUUCCCUUCUGUUGUUGAGAACACUUGGAGCGUGCUUGCCUUUUUUAGCACAUUCAUCACCUCAUCGAUCGGUAUUUCUUCGUUACGUUUAUCUGUCAGAGUUCCCUCAAUCGAACUGAGGCCAAGCCUUUAGUUUUGCCAUUUAUAUGUAGAGAUGAUGAUACAUUCUUCGCUGUUCAAAGGUAGCUUGAGUAAUCAGCUCACCCUAAACAUCAAUCAUGCCCCUUUCCGCAAUACUUCCAUCACUUAGCCAUUAAUUAAUUUAUCGAACACUAUAUUUUUUUUUCCUGAGACUCAGGUCUACAUGGCAUUAUUAUCUGCUCUCUCUCUCUCUCUCUCUAACAUAUGAGCAUACGGGCUAUCCUCCUUGCCAUUUUUGGAGUAUUUUGAAGAAUAUGCCAUGCAAAAUUGUUCCUCAUUAGAGACCCAGCAAAGUUUGAUAUAUUUUCCAUUAAAAAAUGGAGUCUAAUCUGACGUUUUUUGCCUGAAAACCCAUCGAAGUUUGAUAUGUGUAUUGGGUUUCCAAGUCAAGGGAAUAUGGGCUCUCUCUCUCUCUCUCUCUCUCUCUCUCUCUCUCUCUCUCUAACCAUUAAUGGAGGAGAGGGUGCCUAGCUCAUGGCUAUCCUUCUUACCAUUAAUGGAAUAUCUUGAGACAUGCAUCAUUUUUAUCUAUUUAUCUGUGUCUGGACGCUGCUACCGUCCGCGCGCAGUUUAUAUAUUUAUCAUUGGAUGUAUGUUCAUUUCCGGGAACGUAGGCCGUCCUUGUGGCCUCUGACUGCACCCCGAGAUACCUCACCCACCACAUCCCGACUCUGGCGAAUUCCCUUGGAGUCCCGGUGGUCCCCGUCAGGGACUACGGAGGAGGCUCCCUCCGACUCGGCGAACUGGUCAAACUCAAGACAGCCAUGGCCGUUGGUGUGAAGGUUGGUUGGCCUCCCAUUCACAAGUCAGCGCCUCCCUCCAUCUGUUCACCGGCUUUUGCAUUCAUGGGUUCGUCUUCGUUUUUUUCCAACAGGCCAGGGGAAGCAGGAUUAACAAAGCCAUGGAGGAGUUUCUGAGAUGUGAAGGUUGGUGGGUCUCCCAUUCAUAA